UGUUAUUUCAUGGCGGAAGAAAUACGUCCUCUGUUGUCACGAGCCUUCAUUCAUGUUUAACUCAGUGUUUUGUAUCCUUUAAGACUCUGUAGGUAUUUGUGUGGACAGACACGGAGUCUGUAGAGAAAUUACGAGCAUUUUUUCUGUUUGUGUGUCUCUGUGGGGUGUUAUUGAGAAGUUUAGACAUGUGCACACAGACUCGAGCUGCUGCUCUGAUGGCUAACAUACCGCAGGCGGACAUCGACCCGUCCGGUGUGUUCAAAUAUGUUUUAAUCAGAGUUCACAGUAAAGAGGAGGGGGACGACUCAGAGGUGGAUAUAGUCCGAGGAUACGGCUGGGCUGAGUAUCACGCUGAUAUCUAUGAGAAGGUCGCUGAUGAGCUGGAAAAGGACGGAGUUCUGGAUUGUGAGUGUAUCGGAGGAGGGAGGAUCAAACACGAUGCCCAGGCAAAGAAGAUCCACAUUUAUGGAUACUCCAUGGGAUUUGGAAGAGCAAAUCAUGCAGUAUCAACUGAGAAGCUGAAGGCUCGGUAUCCAGACUAUGAGGUGACCUGGGACAAUGCAGGAUACUGAACUGAAUUACCAUUAAUGGACCCUCUUUCUCCUGGACUGAUAUGACACUUAUCUGAAACACCUCAACAGUGACACCACAUUAAUUUACUGAGACUGAUAGACAGCAAAAAGUCUGAUUAGUAAAAAAAAAUAAAAAUCUAUUUAGGGGUUAAAUUCAAGUUUGACCUAAUCUUGAACACUAUAACACUGUCUUUGUCUUUACAACUGGAAUUUCAGAAGUUUUUUUUACUCAUCUUUAACUCCUAAUUAAACAAGUGGUCCUGACAAUAUUUUGAAAAAUUUACUGACUUGUUUUAGAGUCUUUAAAAUUUAUAAUUUUUACUAAAAUAUGUUGAAAGGUGAACAUUAAAUUCCUGGUCUGGACUCUUUAUUUUUUCGAAACUAUUUGCUUACUAGAUAGAUAGAUAGAUAGAUGUUUAUUGUCACUGCAUUGUAAAAAUGCAACGAAAUUAUGUUUGGCAGUCUCCUCUGUAGCAGCAAACAAAACACAGUGGUCCAAGUGGUAGUUAGAUAUCCGCAGCCUCACGUCAUCCAUCCAGAAAGAUGCUUGGUAGGGCAUAUUUGUGGGGCCACUCUUAGCCAUCAGGAAAGAUGUAAACUCUGUGAGCAUGCUGGUGUAAGUGAAGGGCUUUGUUUUGAUGAUAGUGAUGGAGUGCCGGGCCGCUGCGUUCAUACACGCCGCCCCAUGCUACCUAAAACUAUGCUGUUAGUAACUAUGCAUGAUAGUGACUAUGCUGAUAUGCUGAUGCCACUAACUGUGAACCUUCUUCUACAGGGAAGGAAUAUUAAAGUGCUUAUCUUAAUUUGCCUAUAUUAGCUUUAACCUUUCUGCCACAAAAACUUUUAAUAUGAGAGAUUGUAGCCUUAGUUUUAAUGUAUUGCCAGGUCAACUUUUUGUCAUACCCAUGGUAUAGGACAGGUGUCACAUCCAUCUGGGCAACAGCCCAUAGAUGGUAAUUGGGAUGACCAAAGCUGUUCUGUCUAUCUCAUACAUUAUGGGCUUUGACUCGGUCACUCCAGAACAUCCACCUUGUUGUCUUUACAUCAUUUUUGUGUAGCUUUUGCUGUAUGCUUCAGGUCUUGCUGGAAAAUAAACUUCUCCAAAGCCGUA